AUGACAGUCGAAGUACAGAAGGACAACGAGCUCGAGACCACUAAUUUCGCUGAUGAAGAUGAAGUAUCAACUUUUAUAAGAGAAAACAGGAACAAAAACACUGCAAAAAAGACACAUAACGAUUUACGAGUCUUUUACAGGUGGGCAAAAAAGAUUAAAGAAAUAAGAAAAAUUGAAGAGAUACCGCCUAAUGAGCUGGACAAACUACUAGCCUGUUUUGUGGUAAAAGUACGCAAGCAAAAUGGCGAUGAAUUUGAACCAGAUACUCUUACCUCCUAUUUCCGUAGUAUCGACCGCUUUCUUAGAGAACAAGGCAAACAAUACUCCAUUUUGCUGGAUAGAGAAUUCAACCGUUCUCGGGAAGCCUUGGCUUGCAAAAGAAAGGAGCUCCGUAGGCGUGGGAAAGGCCAGAAACCAAUCAAGGCACAGGGGCUGAGUACAGAUCAUAUUAAGAUAUUAUGGCAAAAACAACAGCUUGGCAACAGUUAUCCUCAAGUCCUUCUGCGUACAGUUUGGUUUUACAACACUGUUUACUUAGGUUGGAGAGCACAAGAUGAGCACCAUCGUGUAAGAUACGGCGACUUUGAAGUCAAAACAGAUGGAGAAAGAGAGUACGUAGAAUGGAUUAAGGAACGCGGAAGCAAGACUAGAACAUACGAAAAUGAGUUCUUCCCGGAUCGUCCGUUCAAUCCUAAGAUGUUUGCAACUGAUGGACCUCGUUGUCCAGUGAAAUUAUUCAAGAAGUACAUUUCUCAUGUACCACCAGAAAUGAAAAAAACAGAAUCUCCUUUCUACUUGGCAGCCAUUCAAAAACCAUCAUCAGAGAUAUGGUACAAGAGACAACCACUUGGAAAGCACUCGAUGGCACAGUUCAUGAAAGAGAUGUGCAAAGCCGCCGGUAUUGAAGGCCGUUUUACCAACCACUCGGCACGAAGAACCAUGAUUUCAACGCUACGAAAAGAAAACGUAGAGCCUCUGAAUAUAAUCGCCCUGGCUGGCCAGAGAAACCUAAAGUCUUUGGAUAGUUAUUCA